GAUAUUAUUGGCAAGUUUAUGGCUGAGGUGGUAAAUGAAGAAUAUGACAGUUAUUUAGAUACUGAUAAUACAGAUUUAACUGAAUUGCAACAGGUAACCAUUCCUGCAGAUUAUGAAUUGUGUGGCUCGCAGCUAAUUGAUAAUAACCAACCUAAUGUGACAAUAUUUGAUGGUUCUUCUGAUUCUUCAACUUACAACAAUAUGUCAAAUGAAGAAUUUGCUUUAUCAGAAGUAGAAAAAAAUAAAAUAAAAUCUCUUCUUGAUGGAUGGAAUAUGAGAUAUUUAUUUCAAACUUUCAUCACUGAAUGUAUUGACAUUGAAGCAUUACAGUAUAUAACCACAGACCAAAUAUUCAAUGUUUUAAGACGCUAUCCUAUGGGUAUUCGUAUCAAGUUUGCAUACUAUAUUAAAGAUUGGCAGAAAUCCAAGUACAGCAACAAUUCCAGUGAAUCACCUAUACUCUGCACAAUUUCAUCUAGUUCAUUACCAGCACCAGUACCAUUAGAACAACAGUUUUCUCUGGAUGAAGUCUUAACCAAAACUACACAAGGUACUUUGAUAACAAACUAUUAUAAAUGCCAUAAUAGUUUAAAUGAAAGUCAUAGAAAUCUCUUGGUGGAUGUAAUUAUUGCUAACCUUCUUGAAAAAAAUCGUUCAAUGUCUGUGAUAUUAGCAAACAAUAUUGCUGAUACGAUUGUUGGAACUUUCACUACCGAAAUAAAGGUAAUUUAUACUACAACUUUUGUACCACAUUAAUAACAUUAUGUGUAGGUAUCCAAGUAUUAUAGUUAUAUUUGUUUUAAAGGAAAUAUACUUUACAAAAGA